UCUCCUAUAAAAGGACUGUUUCAUCCUGCCUUUAUCGAUCUCUGGCUCGUUCUAAACUUUUCUUCGAUCUCACAGUUCCUCAAUCUCCAUUAUCGCCUCUUCGAUCUCGGAGAUUAGCGCAGAGAUCGAAAACCGCUUCAUUCCAUUCUGCAGCUUCGCAUUGCGAUUAUACUCGGAGACAUUGUUAACAAUGGCGGCUCCGAGUUUAAUCGCCGUUUUCUGUUUGUUGAUUGCUCUGAUGUCGCCGUUCAUUGAUGCGAGCCAGAGUGCGGAUGAAGCUAGGUUUCAGAGCUUGAAGAACUCGUCAAUGGCGAACAGGUUGAAUGAUCAUCAUUCUGAAUCCAAACACGAGCACGCUGUUGACGAUCCAGAGGCGGUUGCAUCAAUGGUUGACACGAUUAUUCGUAAUGCUACGGAGAGGAGGAAAUUGGGAUUCUUUUCAUGCGGGACAGGAAACCCCAUUGACGAUUGCUGGCGUUGCGAUCGCAACUGGCAGCGCCACCGUAAGCGGCUAGCCAACUGCGCAAUUGGAUUUGGGCGCAACGCCGUGGGCGGCCGCGACGGGAGGUACUACGUGGUGUCCGACCCGGGCGAUGACGACCCGGUGAAUCCCAGGCCCGGUACGCUCCGCCACGCCGUGAUUCAGGACCAGCCGUUAUGGAUCGUGUUCAAGCGCGACAUGGUGAUCACGCUGAAGCAGGAGCUGAUCAUGAACAGCUUCAAGACCAUCGACGCACGCGGCGCCAACGUCCACAUAGCUAACGGCGCCUGCAUUACCGUCCAAUUCGUCACGAAUAUCAUCAUCCAUGGCCUCCACAUUCACGACUGCAAACCUACCGGCAACGCCAUGGUUCGCAGCUCGCCGUCUCAUUAUGGCUGGAGGACCAUGGCCGACGGCGAUGGGAUCUCGAUUUUCGGAUCGAGCCAUAUUUGGAUUGACCAUAACUCGCUUUCUAACUGCGCUGAUGGCCUGAUUGAUGCAGUUAUAGGAUCAACUGCAAUCACCAUUUCAAACAAUUACUUCACCCACCACAAUGAGGUGAUGCUGCUGGGGCACAGUGAUUCUUACACCAGAGACAAGGCAAUGCAGGUGACAAUUGCCUAUAAUCACUUUGGGGAGGGUUUGAUUCAAAGAAUGCCAAGGUGUAGGCAUGGGUACUUUCAUGUGGUAAACAAUGACUAUACUCAUUGGGAGAUGUAUGCCAUUGGUGGCAGUGCUGCUCCCACAAUCAACAGUCAAGGAAACAGAUACCUAGCCCCAACCAACCGUUUUGCCAAAGAGGUGACUAAAAGAGUGGAAACUGCUGAUGGUGUAUGGAAGCACUGGAACUGGAGAACAGAAGGAGACCUUAUGCUUAAUGGAGCCUACUUCAUUGCAUCUGGGCGUGUGUCGUCGGCUAGCUAUGCAAGGGCUUCUAGUUUGGCAGCGAAAUCGUCUUCCCUGGUGGGUACUCUUACUUCUAAUGCUGGUGUUCUUUCCUGUCGUACGGGAAUGCAAUGUUAACCUCAGAAAACCAGAAAACAUCAAAUUGUGGAAGGAGCUGUAAACAAACUCCUUUAACUAAACCAUUGAAUUCAUCUUGUAAUCUAUAGCCAAUUGUCUUUCAUCCCUAGUUCACUUCUGUCCCUAAGCCGAUGAGCAUAUAUAUUCUUGUGGCCUCGUUUUCUAUUGUCUCCGAUGUCCAUGUACCCAGUGCUCAACCUCGGCCUGUUUCAUCUUGGAACAUUUUACUAAUCUGAAGCAGGCACAGAAGCGUUGUUUCAUCACCUUAUUGCAUACCCACCUAAAUAAUCAUUCCUAUCAGCUUAAGAAAUCUUUCCACCAUUUCAGCAUCAAAUUUCUUGACCUAAACCAACCCGAAGCUUCAAUUCUCUGGUUGUUAGGGACAGAAUCUCAUCUCGUUCCUUUCUUCUCUCAUUUUGGCCAAAGUCAAGUGGAUAGUAUAAAAUGCAAGGAAAAAAAAAAAAAAAGCUCCAAUUUUCAGAUUGUUCUCUUGUUCUUGCUUAUAAGAUGUUUACUUCAAGACUCUCGUGUAAUCCUCUUAUAUAAUGUAAUUACCAAUUUGCUUCAAAUUCA